ACAAGAAAAGAAAGAAAGCUUUGCAAGGGGUUUUAGCAUUCUUCACCAGAAAAAGAAAAAGGGUUUAGCUUUCUCCACACCGCUACGAUCCAUGGCGACCAUCAUUUCCAGGACCGUAAAUCAUCUUCGUUACGUCAACCGCUAUCUGGUCCGAUCCAGGUUGCCGAUUUCGUCACCACCGCUAGCUGAGUCUCUUCAAAAUCGGCAUCUUCCACUCCUUCAACAGUCGCUGGGAAUUUAUCGAAGAUGUCUUCUUUCAACCAUAACCAAUACUGCAGCAAAUGAAGGAAACCCAGAAUCAAAAACUUCAGAAAAUGCAAAUUCUGAUCAUUCUGGCGAUGGGAACAAGUCUGGGGAAUCACAUGAAAGUAAUAAUGCUGGGAAAUCUGUUCGAGGAGGGCCGGUUUCGUGGUUGAGUUUUCUGCUGCUGGUAGCAACUGGAGCUGGAAUUGUACUCUAUUACGACAAGGAAAAGAGACAACAUAUAGAAGAAAUAUUUAAAGCAUCCAAGGAAGUAAAGCAAGGACCAUCUGUGGGAAAGGCUGCCAUUGGGGGUCCAUUCAAUCUUAUCAACCAUGACGGGAAGCGAGUAACUGAAAAAGAUUUUUUGGGGAAAUGGACAUUGCUAUACUUUGGUUUCACUCACUGCCCUGAUAUCUGCCCAGAUGAGUUACAGAAGUUAGCUGCUGCAGUUGAUAAAAUAAAGGAAAAAGGAGGGAUUGAGAUAGUACCCUUGUUCAUAUCUGUUGAUCCUGAAAGGGACACCGUUGAGCAAGUCCGUGAAUAUGUCAAAGAGUUUCAUCCAAAGCUGAUCGGGUUAACUGGUAGCUCGGAUGAAAUACGGAGCGUGGCUCGUGCAUAUCGAGUAUAUUACAUGAAGACCCAAGAAGAAGACUCAGAUUAUCUUGUCGACCAUUCCAUAGUCAUGUAUGUAUCAACAUUUUCCAAAAUGUUCUUUUACCAUAUUGAUUCCUUCUUUCCUAUUCAUAAAAGCAGCUUACUUAUGUGGGCAUGUGCUAGUGUGAAAUAUCCCUGCUAUAUGAACUGAACUGUCCCUUAACCAAUCUUUAAAUUUGUUUAGCGCGUUCUGAAUUCUUACUGAUCGAUAGCGUUUCGUAGAACAAAUAUGCUAUACAUAUGGUCUUCUACUUUUCUUUUGUGUGGUCGUUUGUUCAUUUCGUUGUUAAUAUGAGUCAUUUCUCUGUUGGUCUCGUGAUGCUUGUUGAAUUCCGUUUCU